AUGCUCAAAGUUGAAGAAUCUGUCACACCACAGGGUGCUGUUGAUUUAAUUUCUACCAGUUCUUCAUCCACUUCAUCACCUGCUACCUCACAUUCCUUAUCACUCCCCCUUCCCUCCUUUUCUGCCUUAACGUCCUCAAGUACCGGCUCCAAUGAGCCCAAUGUGAAAACACUGCCGCCUAAUGUCACCCUUCCUUCAAACACCUCCACCACCACUGAAUCUCUGCUGUCUCUGAGCCUCAGCAGACGACCUGUGUGCCCGUACCCACCUGUGCCCAUUCAUGGAACCUUCUACUUUCGUAAUGUAGAGAAUCCACGUCCCAGAGAAUACAAACAUUACAUACAGUAUGCCUGCUACUCUGGUUAUACGCUGGCUCAUGGAGACAUUCACAGCUACUGCCAGCAAGAGGGCACCUGGAGCGGAAUCACACCUGUUUGUCUCGAGAUGACACCAUGUUCAGUUAACAACGGAGGCUGUUCCCAGCUUUGCUCUCACUCUCAGCACUACAACCAGAGCUCCAACCAGACCCAGACCAGAACUCAUUGCCACUGCAGACCUGGAUUCACUUUGCUGGAUGACAUGCGAACAUGUCGAGAUGUUGAUGAGUGCUUGCUGCCUGUAGCUGUAACAGGCUGUGUGUUCGGCUGUGUCAACACUCCUGGGAGCUUCCAUUGCCAGUGUCCUGCUGGCUACAGCCUUCAGACUGCAGACAGCCACUGCCAAGAUAUAGAUGAGUGUGCUGUUAAUAAGGGGCUUGGACCAUGUAUGGUGCAAUGCCACAACUCACCAGGAUCCUACCGAUGCUCCUGCACAUACGGGUACAUCUUAGCUGGAAAUGGUCACAGCUGUAUCACAGAGUGUCCACCUGGGUUCAGAAAGCAACCGAUAACACCUGAGAAUUCAACUGCACACACUCUCAGGGAGGAAUGUGUAGAUAUUAAUGAGUGCCAGGAGGAAACGUGCGAGUGGCAGUGUGUCAACCUGCCUGGCUCUCACCGCUGCAUCUGCCCCAGAGGAUACACACUCCAUAGAGAUGGACGACGAUGCAAGGACAUCAACGAGUGCAGUCAGAAGAAUGGUGUUCCCACCUGUGUGUGAACCAAAAAGGUCGGCAUAAAUGUGCCUGCCCAGCCUCCCAUCGCCUCUCCCCCUACAGCUGGAAGAAAUGUCUACCAAGGACAACAGCAAACACUGCUGGCUGAGCUGGAAAGCACUAGUCAGGUGGAGUCACUACUGUCUUUAACAGUCUGUGUGUAUUUCCUUGUGUGAAGAUACAAGAAAUAACACAUAAGCAAGGAUCACUAUUAUUUUGACUACACUGACGGAGCACAUCAUCCUCUGACUGUGGUUUUCACAACCAAAAGAACCCUUGGACACAUGACUAUAGGACUCCCAGUGAAUGGUUACAGAAUAAACAUAUAUACUCUCUGUCCAACUUGUUAAAUAGAUUUGAGUAGCUUUAAAAUACAUAUCAUAAGAAAUAUACCUUUAAAACUGUAUUUUCCAAUUGAUUCAGAAAAAAACAUUUGAGUUAAAAGUAAAUAGCUUUACAUUUUAUUGUGGCUGUGGCUUUUGCUUACAUUUCUUUCAACUAGAGCGUGCCAUAUAUUUAUAUUUUUUCCAUUUGUAAUUCCAUUCUCAGUAUUUCAUCCUUAUUCAGGUAUUCAAAUUAAUCAGUGCAUGUGAGUAUUUGAAAUAUAUUACUUUUCUUAGUUCAUUACUGCUACUUACUCAGGCACAGUUACACUGCAUAUGUACACAAUAGUAAUGAUGUGAAUCCAGUUUAGUCAAGUUUGUUAUGGACCAACAUUGGGUCCAUGACAUAUUUUAUUAAACCCUAGGACUCACAGAGCAGCCCGCUCUAUGCCCACACUGGAUCUAGAGCAUGGCCCACUGGAGGGCCUCAGUGUCUAAUGCUGGUCCAGAGCAGGCCAACCACUUUCCCACUCGCUAUAAAGCUCCAAGAGCGGCCUUUUCACAUUGUUACAUUGUUUUCACUUUGUCAUUUGAUAAAUUAUUGUAAAAUAUCAGUUAUAGCUGCUUUACAUAUGUGUAAGCAAAAUUAAACCAAGUCCAAGCCAUAGAGUGACAGCUGGUCUUUAACUGAUAAAUAGGUGACCUGCAUAAAUUACUAUAAUAGAAUAAUAUUUAACAGACUUAACAUACUUCAGACAUCUCUGGUACUUUAAAAAUAUCUGGCUGUACUGCCAUUUCAGUCUUUGUGUAUACAUCAUGCAUAUACUGUGUAUAUACACUCACCGGCCACCUGAUUAGGUACACAUGUUCAAUUGCUUAUUAACACAAAUAACUAAUCAGCCAAUCAAAUGGC